AGAUCUGAGUUAUUAUUAUCAAGCCUUCAUCAUAGGUUUUUCCCUAGUCUAGUUCCUCUCUCCCCAAACCUCAAACCCAAGAAAAAAAAAUUCUAGAAAAAAAAUAAAUUAAGGUAUUUAAUACCUACCCUUAUUCUUAGUCUUAUACAUACCCUUAGCUUUUAUAUGGUUCGAUUAUUAAUUUAAUUUUUAGAUAAAUUUAGAAAAAAAUGGAAAAGGUAGCUCCUCCUCUUCUUCCUCUUCCACAUCCAUUUUACGAUUCAUCAAAUAACAAAAAACGCGAUCUAUCAUACGACGUCGUUCACCUACCAAACGACAAUUGGAACCCUAAAGAAUGGAAUUGGGACAGCGUUCGAUUCAUGGCCAAAUCCACCGUCUCACAACAGCAACCGGAGGAAGCUCUCAAAUUGAAUCUCGCCGGCGGUGGUUUUUCCGGCGGUGGUGUUACAAAUAGAGCUAACAAAAGAGUACGUUCAGGAUCUCCGUCCGGAGCGGCGUCGUAUCCGAUGUGUCAAGUUGAUAACUGUAAAGAAGAUCUGUCGAAAGCGAAGGAUUAUCAUCGAAGGCAUAAAGUGUGUGAAGCUCAUAGUAAAGCUUCGAAGGCUUUGCUUGGGAAUCAAAUGCAACGGUUUUGUCAACAGUGUAGUAGGUUUCAUCCUUUGCUGGAGUUUGAUGAAGGGAAACGGAGCUGUCGUCGGAGACUUGCUGGACAUAAUCGGCGCCGGAGAAAGACGCAGCCGGAUGAGGUGGUUUCUCCGCCGUUGAAUCAGCAUGUUGCGGCUGCUGCUAACUUGGAAAUCUUUAACUUGUUGACUGCUAUUGCUGAUGGUUCGCAAGGAAAAUUUGAAGAAAGAAGGUCACAAGUUCCUGAUAAAGAGCAUCUUGCACAGAUUCUGAAUAGGAUCCCUUUACCUGCUGAUCUUACAGCAAAGUUGCUGGAUGUUGGCCAUAACUUGAAUGGGAAAAAUAAUAACAUGCAAAUGCAAACUUCACCGUCCUAUCAUCAUCGUGAGGGUCAACCUAACAAUGUCCCCUCUGCCCCAUUAACCAUGGACUUACUUGGUGUUCUUUCCACGACUCAAUCGACACCUGUUCAAAAUGCCAUUUCAUUACAUUCUCAAAAUGGUGGCAAUAGAUCCACGACUAGUGCUGAUCAGAUUAGAGAACAACAAUUCACUUCAGUUGGUGGAGAAAGAAGCAGCGGAAGUUCCCAGUCUCCAAAUGAUGAUUCAGAUUGCCAGGAGGAUGUUCGAGUGAAUUUGCCGCUGCAACUUUUUAACUCCUCUCCAGAAGAUGACUUCCGAUCAAAAUUGCCAUCUUCGCGAAAAUAUUUCUCAUCAGAAAGUAGUAACCCUGUGGACGAGAGGUCACCGUCGUCAUCUCCUCCUGUUGUGGAGAUGAAUUUCGGUUUGCAAGGUGGGAUUAGAAGUGUCAAUCCUAAUAGCAAUUCAACUGGAGUAGGAGUCAAUGCAAUUAAGGAAACUAGCCAAAGUCAUAGUUGUACUACUAUCCCUCUUGAUCUCUUUAAAGGGUCAAAAUCAAAUAAUGUUAUCCAACAAGCUAGUUCAGUUCAAAGUGUCCCAUUUAAAGCUGGUUAUGCAUCUUCAGGCUCUGAUUAUUCACCUCCCAGUUUGAAUUCAGAUACUCAGGAUCGUACUGGAAGAAUAAUGUUUAAAUUAUUUGACAAGCAUCCUAGCCAUUUCCCAGGAACGUUGCGCACACAGAUAUACAAUUGGCUGUCUACUCGACCAUCAGACUUGGAGAGUUACAUAAGGCCUGGCUGCGUUGUCCUAUCAAUUUAUGCAACUAUGUCUUCUGCUGCCUGGGUGCAACUAGAAGAAAACUUCCUCCUACAUGUUCAUUCUUUAAUUCAUAACUCAGAUUCUGAUUUCUGGAGAAAUGGUAGAUUUCUUGUUUAUUCUGGCAGUCAGUUAGCAUCAUACAAAGAUGGAAAGAUACGCAUGUGCAAACCAUGGGGAACAUGGAGGUCUCCAGAGUUGACGUCAGUGUCCCCUUUGGCAAUUGUUAGUGGACAAGAAACCUCUAUGUCAUUGAAGGGAAGAAACCUGUCUGCUUCUGGCACAAACAUUCAUUGCACUGAGGCUGACUGUUCCUUGUCAUCAGAAGUUAUAGGAUCUGUAGAUCCUGGUAUGGUCUAUGAUGAGAUAAAAUUGAGUGGUUUUAAAGUUCAGAAUACAUCUCCUGGUGUUCUAGGUCGCUGUUUCAUUGAGGUUGAAAAUGGUUUCAAGGGCAACUGUUUUCCAGUGAUAAUAGCCGAUGCAUCCAUUUGCAAGGAAUUGAGACCGCUUGAGUCUGAAUUUGACGAGGAGGAAAAAACAUGUGAUGCCAUUUCGGAGGAGCAUGAAUAUCAUUUUGGGCGGCCCAAGUCAAGGGAUGAGGCUCUGCACUUUCUGAAUGAGCUUGGUUGGCUGUUUCAAAGGGAAAGGUUGUCGAAUGUGCACGAGGUUCCAGAUUAUUCGCUCGACAGGUUCAAAUUUGUACUGACAUUUUCUGUGGAAAGAAACUGUUGCAUGAUAGUCAAAACCCUUUUGGAUAUGUUGGUUGAUAAACACUAUGAAGGAGAAAGUUUGUCAAAAGGGUCAAUGGAGAUGCUUAAAGCAAUCCAACUCCUAAAUAGAGCAGUGAAAAGAAAGUACAUAAGCAUGGUUGAUUUACUCGUCCAUUAUUCUAUACCUAGCAAAAAUGACACAUCCAAGAAAUAUGUAUUUCCACCAAAUCUUGAGGGACCUGGUGGUAUUACUCCCUUGCAUUUAGCAGCAUCUACAUUGGAUUCUGAUGGUGUCAUUGACUCUUUGACAAAUGAUCCACAAGAGAUUGGGCUGAAGUGCUGGGAGACCCUUAUGGAUGAAAACGGGCAGACUCCACACUCAUAUGCCAUAAUGAGAAAUAAUCAGUCUUACAAUAUGUUGGUUGCCCGGAAACUUUCUGAUAGACAAAGAAGUGAAGUUGCAGUUAAAAUUGAUAACGAGAUAGAGGUCCAAUCACUGGGAAUUGAGCUUAUGCUAAAGCAAAUUAACGAAGUCAAACGGGUUGGGAACUCUUGUUCCAAGUGUGCAAUUGCCGAUGUUCGCUUCAAGAGAAGAUUUUCAGGUUCACGGAACUGGCUUCACGGUCCCUUUAUUCAUUCAAUGCUAGCUGUUGCUGCUGUUUGCGUUUGUGUUUGUGUGUUAUUCCGGGGAACCCCUUUUGUAGGCUCAGUUUCUCCCUUCAGGUGGGAAAACUUGGAGUACGGCACAAUUUAAUUCUGUUAGUGAUUGAAACUCAUAAACCAGUGGAGCUAUAUUUCCACAAAUGGCAAGAUUACUUCAGCGAGGAAGUUGUGCAUUUUGUAAUGAGAGCCAAAAGCGAACAUAUUAUAGGUUAAUUUGGAGCUAUAGCUUGGCAGAUUCAAGAGAAACGGAAAAGAAGAACUGAAGUUAACUGCUGCAUUUUCCCUGUGAUGCCAGAGUUGAGGAUAAUAAGUAAUAAGUUACACCUGAAUGUUUAUUUUCUGGGUGAUGAAAUUUUAGAAUUGAAGAAAUCUUCCACUGUUUUGACCAGAUAAAACACCACCUUCUGAUUUAAGCAUUGACAAUUGUGAGAGCAGCAAAGUGUUGGGAAUAAAGAGAACUGAGUUGGAUAAAUGUUGAUCAGGUCAAAUAAUUUGGUUUAUUAUUGCCUUUUUGUUUUUUCUUUCUGAAGGAUCAAUCAGGAAAAUUUACCUGCUAUGUAUCAUACUUUAAUGCAUAGAUUUUGUUACUGUAAAGUUUAUUUGAAGAUAUUGAUGAUAGGGAUGACCAUACUACUUAUGAUUAAAAAUUGUUGAUAUA